UUCAGACCUUACGGCUUACUCAAUUGGACACUCAAACUUGGUUAGCUCCGCCAUUCAUCAUCACACUUUGGUUUGUUAACUCCGCCAUUGCAUUGCAGCACACAACAUAGAUUUGUUGUCAGUCAGUAUAUAAUAUACAUAAAUCUGUCUCUUCUAUCAAUUCAACAAUGAGCUGCUCAUCAUCCUCUUUGAUUCUUCCUUCCAUUUCUUCUUCUUCCAAGUGCUUGCUUUCUAAGAAUGGGUUUCCAAGAUUUACCCAAAAUAACAUAUUGGAUAAGUCGUCUAGGGUUUAUAUGAGCAGUGUUUCUGUUGGAUCUCGAACUGCUGUAAAUGAUGCUCUGUUUGCUGAUUAUAAGCCAACCAGUGCUUUUCUCUUCCCUGGACAGGGGGCACAAGCUGUUGGAAUGGGCACAGAGGCUCAGAAGGUGCCUGCUGCAGCUGAAUUAUACAAGAGAGCAAAUGAAAUCAUGGGGUUUGACCUUUUGGAUAUAUGUAUUAAUGGUCCAAAAGAGAAGUUAGACUCCACUGUUCUAAGUCAGCCAGCUAUCUAUGUCACUAGCUUAGCUGCGGUAGAGAUACUCCGUGCUCGUGAGGGGGGUCAGGGAAUAAUUGAUUCUGUUGACGUCACAUGUGGUCUGAGCUUGGGCGAAUACACUGCUCUGGCAUUUGCAGGAGCUUUCAGUUUUGAGGAUGGGCUUAAGCUGGUUAAGCUCAGAGGAGAAGCUAUGCAGGACGCUGCUGAUGCUGCAAAAAGUGCAAUGGUUAGUAUAAUUGGACUGGAUUCUGACAAGGUUCAGAAACUGUGUGAUGCAGCUAAUGAGGAAGUUGAUGAAGCCAACAAAGUUCAGAUUGCAAAUUUCUUAUGUCCUGGAAAUUAUGCAGUCUCUGGAGGCGUUAAAGGAAUUGAAGCUGUAGAAGCCAAAGCAAAAUCGUUCAAAGCACGAAUGACGGUACGUCUAGCUGUUGCUGGAGCUUUCCACACAAGUUUUAUGAAUCCUGCUGUCUCAAGAUUAGAAGCUGCUUUGGGUGCAACAGAGAUCAGAACUCCCAGAAUACCAGUAAUAUCAAACGUUGAUGCGCAACCACAUGCAGAUCCAGACACAAUUAAGAAAAUAUUAGCUAGCCAAGUGACUUCACCAGUUCAAUGGGAGACCACAAUGAAAACUCUCCUAACAAAAGGGCUAAAGAAGAGCUUUGAAUUAGGACCUGGAAAGGUUAUUGCCGGUAUUGUCAAGAGGAUGGACAGAGCUGCUGAAAUUGAGAACAUCGGUGCCUGAGCUUUGCAUUGAGGACAUCAUUGGUGGUUAUUCUUUGAGGGACUUCGAGCUUAAGUUUUUAUAAUGUUAACGUCAUUAUAGUCUUUGUUUAAGUAGCAUAAUGAACUCGGAUUGAAAUAUAACUUUGUGAACUUCGGUAGAUAUUAAUGUGAUGAAACCAUACAUGCUCUACGCGAGUGUUAUUGUCAAAUCAGUAUUUAUGUGGUUCCUGAU